AUGACGGAAGAGGAGGAGAAGCCAGAUUCUGGUAUUCCAGAGUGGCAGCGACCCCAAGAAGAUGCGGAGGACAGCACCGCGACCACCGGCGACCAGGAUAGAAUAAAGGUUGCCCGCCGAUUCUUGGACGAUGAGAAAAUCAAGACUUCUCCCAGGGAGAGUAAGAUCGCCUUUCUCAGGGGCAAGGGCAUAGAUGAAGCCGACAUAAAAGAACUCCUUGGGGAAGUAGAAUUCUCACAGCCGCUCGCUUCAGCCGCCGAAGAGUCCUCUAGAUCCUCUCCUAUUCAUUCAUCUUCGGAAUCCUUACUAUCGAACCAUGACCGCGCUCCCAUUGUCACGUACCCCGAGUUUCUCACCCCGAAAGCCGAAUCUUCCCCGCCACUCCUGACCAAAAACCGCCUCGUCAUAAUUUUGCAACUUUUUGCGUUUAUCUCAACUCUUGUGGUUGGAUCGAGCCGCUUCAUCCUCCGCCCGAUGCUGGAUCGCCUCACUGACUCUCGCAUUGACCUGUAUACAUCCACAACCAAGGCCCUCGGCCCUUUGCUAUCGAAGCUUGAGAAGUCGGUGUCACAGGUUCCGCCUCGAAUCAAGACGCGCAACGAUCCCGACCAGGAUAGCGACUCCGACGACCCCAGCGAGAUGUUCCACCACGAUGUCGGUACUCAGACCUCUACCCCUCCUCCCUCUGUCCCCCUGACCCCCAUGGUUAAACCCUCUGAGGCCCAAGCGACCCGUCUGGAGAGCUUGACACAAUCGUUGAAAGAUCUCGAGGGUGGGAUACGCUCACAGUCUGAUGGCCUGGGGGAUGUGAAAACCCUCAUCGACGUUUUCCGCGAUGACCUGGAUACAUUGACCUACCCUACCACAUCAGAUUUGCCCGGGUAUGACCUACUGUCGAGAUCCCGGAAGUCGGAACCAGAAGACGAGAUUCGUAAAGUCAGAGAUAGCAUUCGGCGCGUUAAAGGCGUUUUGCUCAGCACAAGGAGUUUCCCUUCGUCUAUUAGGUGA